AUGGCUCCAGACAAAGCCACUAAAAACAAGGAAACCUCUAUAUGGUGGAAAAUGUACUGGCCCAAGAAAACUGUGAAGCCAGUGAAGAAACGUUUUCGAUUCAAGGUUGGAGAUCAAGUGAGACUCACUCAUUUGAGGAACGUUUUCACAAGAGAAUACGACGAGCGCUGGACUGGAGAGAUCUUUAUCGUCUCACAGCAGAUCACACGUGAUGGACUACCCGUGUACAGAGUGAAGGACUAUAAUGGCGAAGAAAUCCAUGGCACUUUCUACCAGUCAGAGCUACAGAAAAUGGACAUCAAAGAAAAUGGUCUGUGGAAAGUGGAGAAGAUCCUAAACACUAGAGGCCGAGGGGUCAACAAACAGCACUAUGUCAAGUGGUUGCACUGGCCCAAGAAGUUCAAUUCUUGGAUACGAGCCUCUGAUGUUCAAGCUAUUGAAUAG